ACCAGGGACAGCCCCAGACUCUCCCCGCAGCCGCUCAGCAUCGCUGCUCCCGGCGUGUGAGGUGAUCCAGGGACCGGGCAGUGUGAGGAGACCCCUGGGGCCCCGGCAGUGUGAGCGAAGUGACCCCAGGGGCCCCGGCCUUGUGAGGUGAUCCAGGGGCCCCGGCAGUGUGAGGAGACCCCAGGGGCCCCGGCUCUCAGGGGACCCCCUCCUCCCAGGGCCAUGUCGGACCCCACGGUCACCGCCUUCCUGACCAAGCUGCUGUGCUCGCACGGGGGGCGGCUGCCGAGGGAGCGGCUGACGCAGCUGCUGGAGCUCCCCCCGGAGCAGAUCGGGCAGAUCCUGCAGGAUGAGUUGCAGAGGUUCCCGCAGGUGGGAGAGCUGGUCCUGGCCCAGAGCCCCGUCAGGAUCUGCCGCAAAUACCUGAAGAAAGAGGAGGAGGAGGAGUGCGGGAGCCUGCACCUGUGCAGGGAGUACAUGCGGGGCACAUGCUGGCCGGACAUGAGGUGUCCGCGCAAGUUGUCCCAUGACAUUUUAUCAGAUCACAAUCAGAUGGUGCUGAAGGAUAAUGAGCUCAGCGGGCUGAAUGAUCAGGAAUUAAAGGUCCUUCUGCUGCAGAAUGACAACCAGCUGCUACCGGAGAUGUGUCGGCAAUACUGGAACGGCACCUGUGACCAAGGGAAUGCGUGUACACGGCUGCACGUCUGUGGAUAUUUCAUGCGAGGGGAAUGCAACCGACAAGUUUGCAAAAACUCACACAAUCUUCUGGAGGCGAAUCCCGAUUUACUGCAUGAUCGCCACAAGCUACCUGUCGACGCUGUGCAGAACUUUCAGAUGCUCUGCGUAAUCAAACACAACCUGCGGCACCAGGAUAGAGGCAGAGACGUGAGAAGGGGAGCACCGCGAGGCCGCGGGGGCAGAGGACGGGGACGGGCCAAAUCCAGAAAUAGACCAGGAUCUCAGGACAUAUUGCAGGACAGGAGUCGAGGAAGACAGAUGGAAGGAACAGGGUUCCAGGAUCGGGGGAGAUCGAGCAGCCGGCCAGCGUCUGAGAGUGGCGAGAGUCAUCAUUGCUGGUCUGAAGACGAUGACGAUGGACAACAGAAAACUGAGCUAGAAAAGUUAAUGGAAGACUGGUUUACACCCGAAACACCCGGUUCAGGCAACACACACGUGGGAUCAGAGAGACGACCCAAAUUAACUGCACCGCCAUCCAACGCGCGCAAAGUGCGUCCUCGUCGGUCAGAUACAACUAUACCUAAUGCAGCGCAAGCUCGCACAGAGCGACUGUCAUCUGCUAGCUCAGACAAAGCAAUGAGUGCACCAAGCGCUCCACUUACAGGAGCAAGUGAGCCAAUCGGACCAUCCCGUGUUCCACCAACAUCUCUCGGUAGACUGAACUCAAAUUAUUCCGUUGAUGGUGACUCUAUAAGAGGGGGUCCAAAUACAUCUAGCCCAACAGCGCUCACUGGAUCUACUAAGCCGGUAAAUACUCCAAUCUCAGCCACAUGCAGUGCAUCACCCUCUUCCCAGCCCUACUACAGUAGAAUAAACAGGCCAACAACAUCUGCAAUAACCCCUUCAGUCACUGUGACACAGUUUGGGGGGCUUUAUCAACCAGGCGCACAAUCUAGGUGCACAAUCAGAGCGGAGCAAGUAUCACCUGCUGCAUCGAGCAACGCAAUGACUGCACCAACCGACGCACUUCAAAACUCCAGUCAACCGCUCGGACCAUCCAAUGUUCCACCAACAUCUCCGGUUGGGUUAACCUCAUAUCAGCCAACACGGCUCUCUGGAGCAAGUUCAGUAUCCAGUACAGUGUCCAAUGAUCUGAACGAGAGGCCAUCCGGCGUUCCACCGGUAACGCCUCGUGCUUUAUCCACCGCUACAGCACCUGCUAAUGCCGCAGCAUCGCCCCUUGGUGGUACAAGCAGUCUACGCGCAUCAAGCUUCUAUAGUGACACAUCCAGGCUAUCUGAGGGAGCCGACCAUUCAAGCAAGCUCCUCGCCAGCGUAAAGCCAGUGUCAAGACCUGAUCUCAGCCAACUGUCUGGCACCAGAUCAGCAGAUGAAGUUUCCCAACAUCAGCCGCUCGCCAGAACGUCCCCAGAUAGACCUACGUUAUCCAGAAAAUCGACGCCUGAAAAAAACCCUGAUAUUUGUCUGUCCAAUAUCUGGAUGUACUGCAGGCUGGGAGGUAAAUGCCCGGAUAUGCACUUCUACUUACCGUACCGCUGGCAAGUCUUCAACAGAGAAGAUUGGGAAGAUAUUCCCAAUAUGGAGAAUGUUGAGAAGGCCUACUGCGAUCCUAAAGUUGCCAGGAUUCCAUUGGUUGACUUUGAGACCUUCAAAUCUGGCACAAACCUCGUGCGUCGGCUCUCCACCCCAUCGUCUGUCACAAAACCCCCGGAAUACGUGAUGACCACUGAGUGGAUUUGGUAUUGGAAGGAUGAAUAUGGCAACUGGACGCAGUAUGGACAAUCCAACAUAAAGAACGUGAGUUCAACUAUAUUGUCCGCAGACCUAGAAAGCAUCUAUCUCUCCGACCCCAUCGGAAUUAUCCCAUUCACGGCUGGGCAGCAGCAAUACGAGAUCAACUUCCGAGAAAUGAAGCAGAGGAACACUGUCUACCGGACAGAGAAAGAUGUCUGCAGGAGACCCAAAUUCCUAAAUUUUGAAGAUGUGAAGACGCUGAAAGGAAGAACAAAAUCGACUGCCUCCAAGACACCAGUGUCUCCACUGAAGUCAGGGAUAUACCCAAGGGAUUGGGACACUGCCGCCGUGCCGGAAAUAGGUCAUAAGAAAGUUGCUGUCAGUGAGACAUCCAGUGAGUUCACAAGUCUCGUCAAAAUGUUCUCUAUGACGCUCUCUGGGAAGACGGUGAAAAGAAUUUGGCGCAUACAGAAUCCGUCCCUCUGGCAGAUCUACCAGUGGCAAAAUGAACAGAUGAAGAAAGCGAAUCCGGGUAAGGUGGUGUCAGAGCGCCAGCUGUUUCAUGGCACAGAUAGUACCCAUCUUGAUGCCAUCUGCAAUCAGAACUUUGACUGGCGAAUCUGUGGAACCCACGGUACUGUCUACGGUCAAGGAAGUUACUUUGCCAGAGAUGCCUCCUACUCCCAUAAUUACUCCGUUCCCACCUCUAGCGGCAAAAGGACCAUGUUCAUUGCUCGGGUGCUUGUGGGAGACUAUGUGACUGGAGACCCCAACAUGAAGCGCCCUCCUCUGAAGCCCAACCGGAUACAAAGCUAUGACUCCUGCGUGGACAAUAUCUACAACCCAUCCAUCUUUGUGGUGUUUGACAAGCUUCAGAUCUAUCCUGAGUAUGUCCUGGAGUAUGAGGAGGAGCAGAAGAAGUCCUGUGUUAUUAGCUGAGAGCAAAUCACCUACAUUACUCUGUUAAAUGUGUUGAAUCACACUAGAAACAGCAAACAAACAUCUAAACCUCUAAGAGACUAGAAGAAUACCAGGGAGAGCUCACAGCAUCGUGGUGACGUCAAUCCGGAGAUGAAUGUCCAGGCAGAAGUGCUAUGGAUGGAAGAACCUGCACUGGAGGCCAUUCUGUGCGCUCUUGUGUUUUUUAUUUACAUUUUAAAUCAAUUGCUUGCGGAUCUCUACAAAGAGCAGCUGCUAUCCUAUAAAUUGUAUCUGUUUUUACAUUACAGUGUAUCCUACACAUAUUAAUUAGUUAUAUGAUCACUAGUUCAGGAUUAAUUAGCCUGUAAAGAAAAAAAACUUUGUUGGGGUUGGGAAAGACCCCAUUACAGUCCCCUUUUUAUGCAGUAAAUGUGAGGGACUUUUGGUAACUGAUUUUAUUUUCUGAGCUGUCCAUCUGUACCUGAGUGUGACGAACUAAGAAGCCACGAUCUUGGCAAUUUUCUGUCCGCGAGACUCCGAGAUGCAGUCUGUACACCAAAGUUUCUAUAGCAAUUUAAAAGUAUUUACUAUGAUUGCAAAGAAUGGGUGCUAACUGAAAUCUUCUGCAGUAGAAAGCAAUAUAUUUCUCUUCUGCUUGCACUAAACUUAUUCGCAGUGCGCUAGUUUGCCGCAAUUCACUUUAUGGCAAAUGACGGUAGUCUUACCCCAGAGCUUGAUUAAGAUUCCAUGAAGCCUAGGUAAGAUAGUUAUUUGGAGCUUUACCCCCUCACCCCUCCUUUCCUCUAGUCUUAAAACAAACAAACAAUAAAAGCAUAAAACUGUG